AUGGUUACCGGUGUCGGCGUGGACCUCUCGCACAUCUCCACCAUCUCGGAAGUGAAAGGUUUCUGUGGGAACGACCAAAUCGAAGAGGCGCUGACUGGAUGCGACUUGGUGAUCAUUCCAGCCGGGAUCCCGAGGAAACCGGGGAUGACCAGAGACGAUUUGUUUAAAAUCAACGCCGGGAUUGUGAGAGAUUUAGUCCAGAGCGUUGCUAAAUAUUGCCCGAAUGCGAUUUUGAACAUCAUUUCCAACCCGGUGAACUCCACCGUCCCAAUCGCCGCCGAGGUGAUGAAGAAGAACGACUGUUACGAUCCGAAGAAAAUUUUGGGUGUGACGACGUUAGACGUCAUGCGAGCGAAAACUUUUGUCGCUGCGUUACGACCAGAAGAUAUUAAGGACGUGACCAUGUGCGAUGUGCCCGUUGUCGGUGGACACGCCGGUACGACUAUCAUUCCUUUGUUGUCCCAAGUCACGCCGAAACUUUCAAAACCUUUCGAAGGAGAGGAGUUGACGGCUUUGGUGACGAGAAUUCAAAACGCUGGGACGGAAGUUGUCGAUGCAAAAGCAGGCGCGGGUUCUGCGACGUUGAGUAUGGCGUUAGCCGCAGAAAAUAUGGCAACAUCUUGUUUGAGAGCGAUGAGCGGCGAGAAAGGUAUCGUCGAGUGCGCGUACGUCGCAUCGGAAGUUAUUCCAGAGUUGGCGUUUUUCGCCUCCAAGUGCGAGUUGGGCGAAAACGGAGUUGAGAAAGUUUUAGGAUGCGGCGAGAUGGACUCGUACGAGAAAGUUCAAGUGUCAAACGCCGUCGCGGAGUUGAAAUCGAGCAUUGACAAAGGCGUUGAAUUCGCCAACGCUUAA